AUGGUAUCCAUCGCAUUCUUUUUUCUUAUCAUCACAUUUCUCUCUCUCAAAGGUCGAACUAUCGCAUUAGCCAGUUCUUCGUGUGCCUCUCAGAGCAAUAAUGUAGAAUUUACACUGUCGACAGCAUCUCAUUCUGCAUCCAAUCCAACAUCAAGUUGUUCUUUACAACAAUGUAUCACCACUUCAGCUAAUAAUCAGACUUGUUCUUUGUCACCAACACCUUGUUUCAACUAUCGCACAACGAACAACAUCAGUUAUUGUGCUCCUGCUAUUGAUUGUCCAGUUUUACAGCCAUGUAAUAAUGUGACAUACAGUUGUGCAUCGAAUGAUUCAGUGUGUAUUGUGAACUCAUGCUGUUCACCAAUAGCAGUAUGUUUACCGCUGCUAACUACCAAUUUCUGUCCACGAGGAUGGUCAAUGACUGGAUCUAUGAAUGUUGCACGAUAUGCUCAUACAGCAUCUACAUUGCUCGAUGGAAAAGUAUUAGUUACUGGUGGAUAUUUCAGUGGCAGGUAUCUGAAUAGUGUCGAACAGUAUGAUCCAUCAACAGGUGUCUGGAUACAAACAGGGAAUAUGAAUGUUGCACGAGGUCUACAUACAGCAUCUACAUUGCUCAAUGGAAAAGUAUUAGUUACUGGUGGAAUUGGCAAUAGUGGUUAUCUGAAUAGUGCCGAACUGUAUGAUCCAUCGACAGGUGUUUGGACACAAACAGGAAAUAUGAGUUUUGCACGAGGGUAUCAUACAGCAUCUACAUUGCUCGAUGGAAAAGUAUUAGUUACUGGUGGAGUUGGCAGUAGUGAUUAUCUGAAUAGUGCUGAACUGUAUGAUCCAUCGACAGGUGUUUGGACACAAACAGGAAAUAUGAGUUUUGCACGAGAGCGUCAUACAGCAUCUACAUUGCUCGAUGGAAAAGUAUUAGUUACUGGUGGAUAUAAUGGUACUAUUGUUUUGAAUAGUACCGAACUGUAUUGA